CCUUGGGCAAAGGAUGCUACAAAACGCGUCUCACCGCGGUGACUUGGUCACUGAGCAUUUUAUUGCACAGCCUGGGAACCCAGGCAUGGACCAGCCAGCACCCCAUUGUGCUCCAUCGCAAAUUCCCCGGGGCAGAGGCUGCCUCUUGCUCUGUGUCUGUAGAGCUCCCAGGACAAUGGGGCUGGGUUCCUGAGCCGGGCCUCUAGGUAGGGUUACCAGAGAGCAACUGUGAAAAAAAUUUUUCACCGGGGCCUGAACCCACUCUCGGCGGCCCUGGCUGCGGGGCUGAGAUGACUGAGCAAAUACAUUGGGCGGAGUAUUUAGUUAGCAGCACAGAGUAGCUGUCUCCGCUGCAUUACUAGCUGGAAUAUCAGCAGCACCUGAGCCUUAACUCCCAAUGGGCCGGGUAGUUUGGGUCGAAUACACCACCUGACUCGAGCUAGAGAUUGUUAGGUGUGGACGGGAGUUGGGUUAAGGGCAGCACUCGAGUUCUACCUUGCGCUAACACUGCAGCAAAGACCAGCCCAGAGAGGGGCCUGGUGAACAUGCGCAGGCAUUGGAAACUGAGCGUGGACCGAAGCCAGAUCACCGGAGCCCCACCUGUCUGAACAUGCAGGGCAUAAAAAAUCCAGGUCUGAAUGUUCCAGCUGGACUAAAUCUCUGAUAACAAGUCUUUGAAUCUGCAGGAAGCAAAGGAAAUGCAGCCUAUGCUAUGAUCCAAACCCUGAAAAGGCUUCUGUUCGCAGCCAGCUCCAGCGUCUGACCGCCCUCCCUAGCAGCUUUGCUCCUCUCUCCCCUGCCAGGACGGGAGGGAGCGGUGACCGCGGAGAGAGCAGGCCGGUGAUGACAUGCUCGGCAGGACGCUUCCAUUGGGUUAGAACCGUGAUGUCAUAAUGCCGGUGGCUGACAUCAGGCAAGGAGGUGCAACUCCGAGGCGCCAUGCUGGAGCUGAGAUGGCUGCUUAUCUGGGGUCCCGCCUGUGGAGGCGCCACACCAUGCACAAGGAGAAGGAAGCCAAGAAAGCAGAGGUGAAGAUCAACUGCAGAGACAUCAUAUGCGUCCAGGAUAACUGGGACGUGGAGGAGUUUGUCUCAAAGGUGUGCAUGGGCAGGUUUCUCAAUCAUCCCGCCUUUAAAAUCACGCUUGCCGCGCUCAUCAUCGGCAACGCGCUCAUCAUUGCUAGCCGGACGGAGACGGAGGUCGAAGAGAAAUACUAUGGGUUGUUCUCUGCCAUCGAUAACAUUGUCCUGACUGUCCUUACCUGUGAGGUGUUUCUCAACUGGUACUAUGGAUUCUGGCUGUACUGGAAGGACGGUUGGAACGUCGUCAAUUUUUUUAUCGUGGCAUAUCUCUGUGUGGGGCCUUUCAUCCCUGUGCUGAACAACCAAAAGAUUUUCUGGGUCCUCAGGGUGAUGAGGCUGAUGCAGGUCUGCACGCUGGUCAAGGGGCUGGCCAGGAUGAUCCGGGUGAUCCUACAGUCCAUCCCAGACAUGGCCAAUAUCAUGGCCCUGCUCUUUGUCAUCAUGCUGGUCUUCUCAGUGUUCGGAGUGACACUCUUUGGAAAUCUGCUCCCGAUGCACUUUGGAAAUCUAGGGGCGGCUUUGUAUUCGCUCUUCAUCUGCCUCACGCAGGAUGGAUGGCUGAACAUAUACAAGACUUUUGAGGAAGAGGGGAUCACCCUGAAAAUAGGGGGUGCCCUUUACUUUUUCAUCUUCAUCACGGGCGGGGCCUUUAUCUGCACCAACCUGCUGGUGGCCGUGGUGACGUCAAACCUGGAGCAGACAAUGCUCGCCUACGCUGAGGAGAAGCAGAAAAGAGACCAGCUCCUCCACCCCGACAAGUACGUGGACUGGGAGUCCGAUGUUGGGGGUGACGACUCAUCUCCGGAGCUGAACCUGGUGCAUUUGAAAGCAGUGAUGCAGGAUACCCCCAUGACGCAUCGCCAGAUGCCGCUGAUGUACGGCAACCUGGGCAACCUGACUGAAGCUACCUGUGAUGAUUUCUGUCUUAUCUUGGAAGGGAUCCAAGAGAACCUGAAACGAUACAAAGAGAUCCGGGAUGAGCUUAGCACAAUAGUCAAGGAAGUGAGGUCCAUUGCGUUCAAUAAAGAACAGGAGGAGGAGAGAGUGCUGCGAAACAUCCAGAACACCAACAUCUCCGACGGCCUGCUUGGCAACGAGGUGGCUGCUGGGAGGUCUGGAGAUAUCCUGUCCACGCUGAUGACUCUGGAGAAGGUGAACAUGAUUGACCCAGAGGAUGUCACGUCAUCAGGGUACCACAGGGGGGCGGUGAAGCUGGCCUUCUUGAAAGCCCGACGCCAUUCUCUGCUUAACCAGUCAGUGCCUCCUUAGCUGUGCCAGAGCGGGACCAUGGAGCUGCGAGUGGGAAUCUGCCCCCGGACCGUGCAACCGUGGAGCUCAUCAGGAAUGGAUGCAAUGUCUAAAUCUGGGAAAUGUGUGAUGGAGCAGAAGAUGUGUCCAUAACGUUGUCCUGGCGGAUGCCUCCUCAAGACUCUACCGACAGGCAGCUACCCGGAAGUCCAGGACUGUUUGCACAGGCCGUGCCCUGUGCAGUGAGAGGAAAAGGGCUGAUGAAAUUGUUUUGCACUUUUAAUACUCACGCUGGUGAGUGACACAACCCGGUGAGGUGCUGACGUGUCUCCUGGAUGGGAUCGUUUGACUUUCCAAAGCCAGGAGGUGCCACAUCUGCAUUUCCCACCCAGCGCUCUCCAAACUCCAGGUGCAGAAGGCAACUGCUCUGAUUCAGCUGUAUCUGCCCCCAUGUUCGCUGGGCUGGAUGCACUCCAGCACUCAUGUAGCCUUGCAUUAAAAUGAGCAGUGUCUGGGGAAGGUAGCUGGUGCCAGCAUAUUUGAGACUAAUACCUGUCAAGAAACACGUGGCUUGUGUUGAUCAGCUGUGAUGCUUGUGCUGGUCUCGGAUGAAUGAUCAUAAUAAAGAGCAUCGAGCGGUGUUUCUGUGGCUGUUAUGUUCUGUGACAAAGUUCCUCCUCUACCUUGGUGGGUCCUGCGCUUAAUGGCGGAUUUG